AUGGAUCCGGCGACGGCCUACUCACACACCCUCGAUGUGUUGAAGGGCUUGCAGGACGUCGGCUACAGCUAUGUGACUGGUGGUGACCCCGAGCAUGACCAUGUUCUCUUUGACGAACCCCACGCAGGCGAUGACCUGCGCCAUUUCAACAUCACGCAGCCGAAGCCCUUCAAGUUCCUCUUCCAGGGCCGCCACGAUGCUCCCAAGUACAAGGGUCCAAACGGCGACAUCUUGAACUUUGCGAUCUACGAAUCCGGCUCUGGCUCCGUUCUCCGGAUGUUUUCGAUUAGCAGGAUCCAUGGUGCUUUGGGGGACCAUGGACAGAACUACAAGACGCUGCAUUUCCUUUCCGACAAGCUCACCUCUAAGGAGCCCACUCCGGUGUAUGGUUGUGGCCUUCCCAUUGCAUCCGCUGCCCCACCCUCCACGCAGCGCGCCAGCGAAAGUUUGCGGAGCCUCCCCUUCCACAGUUCCGGACUGCGACAAGCCGGCAUGGCAGAGCUCGACUUCUCCCAUUAUCCGCAGACAGUAUACCACCACGCCCUCGAUGUAUUGAAGAGCUUGAAGGACCACGGCUACAGCUACAUUACCGGCGGCGACCCCAAUCCAGGAGAUGAUCUCCGCCAUUACAACAUCGAGAAGCCGAAGAACUUCCAGUUCAUCUUCCAGGGGCGUCAUGAUUCACCAAAGUACUCGGGCCCAAACGCCGACAUCUUGGACUUUACGAUCUACAAAAAAGGCUCGGGCUCCGUUCUGCGGAUGUUUUCGAUCAGCAGGAUCCAUGGUGCUUUGGGAGAUGCAGGCCAGAAUUAUAAGACUCUGGCCUUCAUGGCGGACAUGAUGGGUGCAUCGAAGAAGCCUGUCCCGAAAUAUGGCUGUGGACUGACGUUGUGA